AUUUAUCUAUUUAUUUUCUUCUCGUUCCAUUUCUCUCUGAGACUCUCACACUCACCCCUUUCUAACACACCGUAUUCAGAUAUCUCAAAACCACCUUCACCGUCGUCGUCGUCAUGAAACCACCUGGUCUGGUCACUGCUCAUCAUAAUUAUCAUUAUCAUCACUCUACUCCAACCUCUAAUUUUCUCUCUCAAUUCUGUGUUCUUGCACGAACCACUUCCAUUUCACACCUCAAUUCCAAUGCCUUCCUUAGACCUUCUUCUACAAUACCCAUCUCUCUAAAUCCCCCAAUCGUCAAACCCUCUCGUUGGAUCACACUAUGCUCCUCAAUUCCCCCAAAAUCGUCCGAUGUGUUGGCCACCAAUCAGUACGAAGAGACUCAGAAUUUUAACAAUGAUCUUCUUGAUGUUGAAGAUAACAGCGAGAGUCGUCGAUUGAACGUCGAAGUGCGACAACCCAAUAUGCCACCGUAUGUUUCUCAGGUGGACAAGUUGAGCUUAAGCGACCGGGCUUUCUUUCUCUUGGCCUUCAUUGCUUGCACGACAUCUGUGGCAUUUACAAGCCUUGUUAUUGCAGCUGUUCCAACACUAUAUGCAAUGGGUAGGGCGGCAAUAUCUCUUUCAAAGUUGGCGGACACUGCUACUAAGGAGCUCCCUAGUACAAUGGCUGCAAUAAGGUUAUCGGGCAUGGAAAUUAGUGAUCUUACCCUUGAAUUGAGUGACUUGAGCCAAGAGAUAACUGAUGGGGUUAACAAAUCCACUCAAGCUGUGCAAGCAGCAGAAGCUGGAAUUCGACAAAUAGGUUCUUUUGCUCGAGAACAGACUAUGUCAAUGAUUCAGGAGAGGGCAAACCUACCCAUCAUCUCUUUGCAACCAGUUGUUGCAGGGGCAGCAAAGAAGACAUCCCGUGCCGUUGGCCAAGCUAGAAAAACCCUCAUGAGUAUCAUCUCCCGAGGCGAGUUUAGCUUGGAGAAUGAUGAUAGUGAUACAGUGGAUAGGUUAGAAUCUUAGAGCUUGGAAAGUCCAUAUUCUUUUGUUACCCUUUCUGUGGAUCAUAGACAAAGAAGGCAUCAACCCAAAAAGUGUAGUUUAUUCAGACAAUUUAUAUGCAUAGAUAAUUUAAGGUCUAUAUGGCAUAUGAGAAUUAGAGUACCUAAAUAGAUAGAAUUGCAGAUUGGCACAACCAUUAUGCAUGCUUCUUUAUGCGUGCACAUGCAUUUGUAUAUGACCAUAUUUAUACGUCCACUUUUACAUUUUUUGGAUUGGAAAGGAAAAUGACUUUAUUUAUUUAUUUA